AUGGAACCCAUUUUCGUUUCCGAUAUACAAUUGUACCAGGAGAAAAUUCUUGGCAGAAAGUGGAAAUGUUUUGUGGCUGUGUUUUACGAGGAGAAUCAACUAGGCAAAAGCCGAAUCGAGCUCUAUCAAUCUCAACAGAAAUUUCGAAUUCUCGACGUUUCAAAGAUAAUUCUUUUGGAAAAUUGCAUUUCACUGAAAGCCGGAAAAACUGAAACUGGAAUAUCUUUCAUCAAACUCAAUUUUCGCGACGAGACCAGCAUUCAAAUCUCAAGCGAAGAACUUUUAAAAAUAACCGAAGUCAUCAGCACCAUAUGCUUCCCAAAAAAGGUUUAUAGUUUGCAAUGUGUCACAAUCGCACCAAGCACAUCAUUGGAAUCACCAACCGAUGAUGGUGACUUUUUCGAUUUCCCGGAAAGCUAUCCGGUUCUUCGUCUUCAGUCAAUCCCGGGUCGACAUCGAACAAUGGGGUUCUAUUCGCUGAUACUCGGCGAGUGUUUCCAAAUAAAUGGGCCGAAUGAUGCGCACUGCUUCCCAUAUUCGUCGAUUAUUUGGGUUGCGGCAGGAGAGCUCUGCUUUGGCAUUGAAGUCGAUAAUGAGGGUAUAUUCGAGUUCGCGACGGGCGACCCACUGCUAAUCGUUGAGCACCUUAGGGGACAUGUACGCUUUAGCUGCAAUUUCUCACCGCCAAAACAGAAAACAAUUUGCCGAUUCAAUCGCUAUUUUCAUCCAAUUCGGCCGGAAUGCAGCCCAAUAGCAAGUAACAAUUCAACUAUGGAAAGUGUCGAUUCUGGCGGAGUGUUCACCAAAGUUGAUUCCAACAUUCCAACAUCACCAGAUACUUCGAUCUCUAGUCUAUUGAAUCCCGAACAGGAUUACAUUCAUCGAGUCGUAAAAAAUGAAUUGCGCCGCAAUGCUUCCACUGAAAUGUUGCGCAACAAAAUUUCUUUUCUGCAGAAGAUAAAAUCGGAAAACCGCGCCGACUUUGAGGAAAACGCCAAUACCGAUUUCGUGAGACUCCAAGUCCCAAAAAUGAUUCUAGCCGAGCAAAUUCGAUUCCCGUCAUCAAAAAAUGUGUCGUUUCAAGAAGCUGAAAUGAAAAUUGCCCUCCCGCGUCAAACCGAUUUGUAA